AGCUCACUUGUCUGCCUUGAAGCCGUAGGAAAGCACUUCCUUACGCCGCCGUUUCGCAGAAGACCCAGCCAGCGACAGGCCGUGACUGGUACAAGGAGAAGGUUUAGCUGAGCUCAGUUAUCCACCCACACUGACAAAACCCCCCUCCCCCCAUACAUACAUAUCGCAACCCAACCCACAGAGCUGCUCUGAGUUGUCCUCUCGCCGGCGUAGCCCCAGUUGCUUGUUUGGUUCAACAAUGGCGGAUUAAUCUCUCUCUCCCCCAUGAAAUGGACCAAGUAGAAUCAUGUCUCUCUUGAAGUCAUUCGCUUCCAAUUCCCAUCUUUUCAACCAACGGGAAGCCACCAUGGCCGUCAUUCACGCUUCUCCUUACAAGGACUUGGGAGUCGUUGUCGCCUUUAAGUCUGUGGUUUUCCCCGGAGCAGAGGAGGGUUUAGCCACUGCUUCAGGUUCUAUCACAGAGAACUUGCAGCUGUUUCAGGAAAACAACGACAGCUAACUUAUUUUAUUUGAGAGGGAGUUCUUCAGCUGAAUUGUUUUCCUCAUCGAAGGAUAAACGGUUUUCUACUUAUCCCGAGGGGGAGAUUGGUUCGUCAAAGAGAAGAGCUCGUGGACCAGUUAUGGCUGCUAAGAAAGCGUCCGAAGGGGUAAAGCAGGAUGAGGGAAAAUACAAGCACACGGUUGAUCUGCCAAAGACUAGUUUUGGCAUGAGAGCAAACUCUUUAGUAAGAGAGCCAGAACUGCAGAAGUUAUGGGACGAAAACCAGGUCUUUAAACGAGUCGUUGAACGAAAUGAUGGGGAAAGUUUUGUCCUUCACGAUGGUCCUCCAUAUGCCAAUGGUGAUCUACAUAUGGGCCAUGCUCUGAAUAAGAUUCUGAAGGAUAUAAUCAACCGAUAUAAGCUUCUUCAGAAUUAUAAAGUUCAUUAUGUUCCCGGUUGGGAUUGUCAUGGUCUACCAAUUGAACUAAAAGUUCUGCAGUCACUAGAUCGAGAUGCUCGGAAGGAUCUCACUCCAAUCAAGUUAAGAGAAAAGGCAGCUAAAUUUGCCAAGUCCACUGUUAAAACUCAGAUGGCGUCAUUCAAGCGUUAUGGGAUAUGGGCAGACUGGAGUAAUCCUUAUUUAACUCUGGAUCCUGAAUAUGAAGCUUCUCAGAUUGAAGUCUUUGGGCAAAUGGCUCUUCAAGGGUAUAUAUAUAGAGGCAGAAAACCGGUUCACUGGAGCCCAUCUUCACGCACUGCUCUUGCUGAGGCGGAGUUAGAAUAUCCCGAAGGGCAUGUUUCAAAAAGUAUAUAUGCCAUAUUCAAGUUAGUCAGUGCCUCUCCAUCUUUAGGCAGCUCUAUAGAUGAGUUUCUGCCCAACUUGUGCUUGGCUAUAUGGACGACGACUCCGUGGACAGUUCCAGCAAAUGCUGCUGUUGCAGUGAAUGGGAAACUCCAGUAUGCCAUAGUUGAAGUGGAUCCCCUAUUAGGAGAUGCUUCUCAAUCUGAAGGAGAUAAGAAACGGAGGCUUGGAGAUGCUGUAAAGGGAGAGAAGAAACCUUUUCUUAUCGUGGCAUUAGAUCUUGUUCCAGCGUUGCAAGCAAAAUGGGGCCUGAAUCUCUCGGUGAAGAAAGUCCUACUGGGUUCAGAUCUUGAAAACUGCAGGUAUGCCCAUCCAAUAGAAAAGAGGGAAUGCUCAGUUGUUAUUGGAGGAGACUAUAUUACGACAGAGUCGGGAACCGGCCUGGUCCAUACAGCUCCUGGUCAUGGUCAAGAGGAUUAUGCUACGGGCCUGAAAUAUGGGCUUCCGAUUCUUUCUCCUGUAGGUGAUGAUGGGAAGUUCACUGAAGAAGCUGGACAAUUUAGUGGAUUAGAUGUGCUUGGAGAUGGCAACACUGCUGUUGUAGACUACUUGAAUGAGCAUUUAGCUUUAGUUAUGGAGGAACCAUAUCAGCACAAGUAUCCUUACGAUUGGCGGACUAAAAAGCCUACUAUAUUUAGGGCAACAGAACAAUGGUUUGCAUCAGUGGAAGGGUUUAAGGAAGCUGCUAUGGAGGCAAUUGGGCACGUAAAGUGGAUCCCCCCACAGGCAGAGAACAGAAUUUCUUCUAUGACGUCUGUCCGCUCAGAUUGGUGUAUCUCCCGGCAGAGGAUAUGGGGUGUCCCGAUACCUGUUUUCUAUCAUAAAGAUACCAAGGAACCUCUCAUGAAUGAAGAGACUAUCAAUCACAUUAAGUCUAUAAUAGCGAAAAAGGGAAGUGACGCAUGGUGGUACAUGAAAGUUGAGGAUCUACUUCCCGACAGAUAUCGUGAUGAAGCUUCAAACUAUGAAAAGGGGACAGAUACGAUGGAUGUGUGGUUUGACUCAGGCUCUUCAUGGGCAGCUGUGCUGGGGAAAAGAGACGGGCUUCAUUUUCCUGCAGAUUUGUACCUUGAAGGCACGGACCAGCAUCGAGGGUGGUUCCAGAGUUCAUUACUAACAAGCAUAGCUACAAAAGGAAGGGCUCCAUACAAAAGUGUUAUAACGCACGGAUUUGUUUUGGAUGAGAAGGGUUUUAAAAUGAGCAAAUCCCAGGGCAACGUUGUUGAUCCAUAUACUGUAAUAGAAGGAGGAAAGAACCAAAAGGAAGCACCGGGAUACGGGGCAGAUGUUCUACGUCUAUGGGUUUCAAGUGUAGAUUACACUGGGGAUGUUAUGAUCGGUCCUCAAGUUCUCCGCCAGAUGUCUGAUAUAUACAGAAAGCUCCGAGGAACAUUGAGAUACCUUUUGGGGAAUCUACAUGAUUGGAGGGCUGAUGAUUCUGUUUCCUACAAUGAUCUUCCAAGGAUCGAUCGGCAUGCGCUUUUUCAGCUUGAAAAUGUUGUGAGGAACAUUAAAGAGAGCUAUGAAAAUUAUCAGUUUUUCAAGAUAUUCCAGAUUAUUCAGCGGUUUGUGAUUGUUGACCUAUCAAACUUCUAUUUCGAUGUUGCAAAGGAUCGACUCUAUGUAGGGGGUACAAGUAGCUUUACUAGGAGAAGUUGCCAAACUGUUCUCGCGACGCAUCUCCUUUCCUUUUCAAGGGUGAUUGCUCCAAUAUUGCCUCAUUUGGCAGAGGACGUAUGGCAGAAUCUUCCAUUCCCAUACACCUGGGAAGAUGGUUCCCCAGCUAGAUUUGUUUUCGAUGCAAGGUGGCCACCUUCGAAUGAAGAAUGGCUCUCUUUAUCUCAAGAAGAGGUCGAUUUUUGGGGCAAUAUUCUUGAGCUGAGGACUGAAGUGAAUAAAGUUCUUGAAAUUGCUCGCGGUGGAAAGCUGAUUGGUUCCAGCUUAGAUGCAAAGGUUUCUCUAUAUACCUCAGAUGAGAACCUAGCUUCCCGGUUACAUGAAAUGUGCAUGGCCGCCAAGGAGGCAGACAAUUUACACCGGAUAUUCAUAACAUCUCAGGCGGAAAUACUUGAAUCUCUGGAGGAAGAAUUGGUUGGGAAUACUCCAUAUACUGGUGAGUGUGAAGUCCAAGGGAAGAUGGUGUGGAUCGGUGUGUCUAGAGCUGAGGGCUCGAAAUGCGAAAGGUGUUGGAACUACUCACCCCUUGUCGGGUCUUUCCCAAAUCAUCCAACUCUCUGUCGCAGGUGUCAUGGUGUUGUGGGCGUACAACCGCUUCCUUCAGUGGCAGCAGCUGUCAGCUAGCCCAAGGAUCAUGAAAUUGAAGAACUAAGUGUCGAACAGGGGAAAUAAGUUUAAUUGCCGGCAGAGUUUGAGAAGUCCUAGUUAUCCGAGUGAUGUCACGUGUGGUGGACCGGCAAGAGACCGGUCAGAUGUCCAUUGCAAUCUAUUCUUUUUUCAUAGAGGGAGCAACUACAUUUUCAAUUUUUCUUUUCAUAUACACGAUUUGUUCGAUAUCUGUACAAUCAUAUGAACAAAGAACUCGCCGUCACUAUACUUGUUUAUCCAUGGAAAGCUUCAAAAACAGUUGGCUAGGCUCAA